CCCCAAAAUCUCCAAAAACUCACACACACAUACACACUGGUUACUAUAUCUAUUUGUGGCCGAUAUCAUAUUAAUUAAAAAAAAAAAAAGAAUGGGAAGGAAGAAGGAAGUAGUGUUCGAUGAACAACCACCCGAUUUCGAUCCAUCGGAUCCGUACAAGGAUCCAGUGGCUAUGCUGGAAAUGAGGGAGCAUCUGGUGAGAGAGAAAUGGAUAGAUAUAGAAACCUCAAAAAUCAUAAGAGACAAGCUCCGAUGGUGUUACAGGAUCGAAGGUGUGAAUCAUUUGCAGAAAUGUCGUCAUCUUGUCCAACAAUACAUGGAUUCCACUCGUGGUAUUGGUUGGGGCAAAGACGGCCGUCAUCCCGAUCAACACGGUCCAAAGGUUGUUGAGAGCGUGGAGUGAUAGAUUCAUGAAUGGAUGACGUAUUUCCUUUUUUUUAAGGUUGUUGAAUUGUGUUGUGAUAAUGCAUGUAGAAAUUGGAGUAGAGGCUGGAGCUUCCUGCACCAGUUGUCUGUUAUUUCAUGUUCAUGCUUGUUGAACAUUUGUAUCUGGUCAUUUUCUGCAUCCAAAUCAUGGAUUCUGAAUUAUUGGAUAAUAAGAGAAUUUUUAUACUCGCUGGUUAAAA